AUGUCCUUCUUCCGCAUCACGCUGCACCGCUCGGCCAUCGGCCUGCCGACGCGCACGCGCAGCGUGCUCCAGGCGCUGGGGCUGCGGCGGCGGUGCCAGACCGUCUUCCACCCGGUGUCGCCGCAGUUCGCGGGCAUGAUCUUCAAGGUCAAGGAGCUGGUGCGCGUCGAGGAGGUCGAGCACGCGCUGACCAAGACGGAGAUGCAGGACGAGAGGCGGCCCGAGCCCGGCUUCUACCUGGAGAAGGCGGUGCCGAGGUGA